AUGCCACGCUUCGUUGAAGAUGGCACUUCUCUGCACCUGACUGCAGAAUCCAUAUUGGACAAGGUGGACGCUGCGACUUCCAUGGCUGCGGAAGCAAAGGAAUUUGCGCGAGCUCUCGCGGAGGAGUUUUCAGGGACGACAACCGGCGACGACUUCCCCUGUUGCUGCUGUGAAAUCAUCUGCGACUGUCUCAAGUGCUGCCUAGACGCUCUUCCGUUCGUGGGAACCUCAAGUACCUCCUCACAUCGGAGGAGGAAUAAAAGUCUCUUGGAAGCUCCGGGACAGGAAGAGAUGGGCGGAGAGCAGCCCAGCCUCCUGGAGCGGAUCGCACGGUUGUCCUCCGAGGACCUUGGAGAAGUUCUACGCCUCGCGAUGAAGUCAGAGAAAUGGAACUCCAAGGAAAAGUUUGGAUUGUGGCUCUUUGAGAAGAAGUUCGGCGAGCACGAGCGGAAAAACUUGGAGAAAUGCGUCGAGCAACUGGAGCUGGAAACACCCAAGCUCAUGGAGGAGGACCACCUGACGAAGAAGGAUGUGGAGCAAAAGAAGACCAGCGAUGCCAAGGUUGCGGCCAAGUUCGUGAAGAUGUUGGCAGCAACAACGCUGACCAAGCAUGGCGCCGCCAUCGCGGGGACGGGAUUAGGAGCCGUUAAGCUGCAGCACUGUGAGCCAGUCCUCUGCGCUGGGGACCUGCAAUAUAAGCUGGACCAAACGGGCCUUCACCAGUGCACCUGGAACUGUCCGACCGGCCAAGUUCCAGCACUUUUCCAAUCAGUUGGUGCGGAGAUGAUGGAAGAACUGGAAGAGGUCACGCCGCUGGAGGAAGAGAAGAAAGAAGUCCAAGAAGCCGCCAAGGAGAUGGAAAGCGUGGCCUCUUCCCCAAAGGAAUUUGAGAAGUCCGAGGCGUUCUCCCAGGUCAACAAGCUCAAGCUGCGCUUCCAUGAGGCACUGAGUGACAAGCCACUGAAGCUGUCUCAGACGGCAAAUCCCACAACCCUGGGUGCCGUGAAGACGAGCGCGCUUCGAUACCAUGGCAAAUGCAGCCCCCCCGAAUCAUUCGAGGGUCAGCUCAAGCGCGCUGUGCUGUUCCAGGGCGACAACAAGGAAAUCCCGAAAGGGAGCGUGGUGGAGGUGACACGCUUGCCGGCAACGUCGACGUUGGGCCGGGUUGGAAACUUCUUCAGCCCCUUUUCCUCGAACAUGAAGGAGGACGAGGUAGAGGUGACCUAUCAGGGCAAGGAAUAUGUGGUGAAGAGCAAGGACCUGCAGCGCACGGCCGUUGGAAAAGUGUCGGUGGACGAGGGCCUUCAGGACUGGCUCCUCAGCACAGGCGACACCAUCAAAAUCCAGAUGCCGCCGAAGCAGCAAGACCCCAAGGAGUCAUUGACUCGCGUGAGAUACUAUCCGUUGACGGAUGACGAAGAUGAGGAGGAUCAGGCGGAAGGCCGCUCCAGAAGCUUGACAUGCUGCUUGUGA